GACAUGCGCCAAAAUCAAAUGAGACGUUGACGUUAUUUUCAAAUUAUGACGAUUAGGCUGUAAAACAUGGUUAGUAGGAGGCGUCUAACUGUAUCUGGCGAUCACAAGCCCGAAGAACAAUCAUGUUGGUCCAAACCCACUGUUUAUCAUGCUGCCAUCGUGAUAUUCCUAGAGUUCUUUGCCUUCGGAUUGCUAACCACCCCAAUGAUCUCGGUUUUAGAUGAGACAUUUCCCAAACAUACCUUUCUAAUGAAUGGUAUCAUUCACGGAGUAAAGGGAAUAUUAUCCUUCCUUAGUGCACCAUUUCUGGGUGCUCUCUCAGAUAUGUUUGGACGAAAGCCUUUCCUACUUCUAACAGUAACCUUCUCUUGUUCUCCAAUACCACUGAUGAAAAUCAGUCAUUGGUGGUAUUUUACAAUGAUCAGUAUAUCAGGUAUUUUCGCAGUGACAUUUUCAUUUGCUUUGGCAUAUGUCGCUGAUAUCACAUCAGAAGAAGAUAGAAGCUGGGGAUAUGGACUAGUUUCAGCUACAUUUGCCGCCAGUCUUGUCAGUUCACCUGCAAUUGGAGCUUAUCUUGGUCGUGUAUAUAGUGAAGAAUUAGUUGUUGCACUAGCUACUGCUAUUGCAUUUUUGGACAUUUGUUUUAUACUUGCUUGUGUACCUGAAUCUUUAUCGGAAAAAGUACGUAUUGGUCAUUUGUGCUCUGUAACUACAUUGGGUGGACCAGUUGGUAAAUUCUCAUGGGGUAAAGCUGAUCCUUUUGCGACAUUACGUCAAAUGACAAAUGAUCAUCUUGUUCUUAUGAUAUGUAUUACAACAUUUUUAUCCUAUUUGCCAGAAGCUGGACAAUAUUCAUGUUUCUUCGUUUAUCUUCGCUUAGUCAUGGGAUUCACUGAAGAAAAUGUGGCACUAUUCAUUGCUGUUGUUGGUAUCAUGUCAUGUAUUGCACAAACACUUAUUUUAUCUUUAUUAAAUCGUAUUAUGCGACCAAAACGUGUUAUUAUAUUUGGUUUAAUAUUUGAAGCAAUUCAAUUAACAUUAUAUGGUUUUGUUACAAAUUCUGGCUUAUUAUGGUCAGCUGGUUUAAUUGCUGCUACGGGCUCUAUCACAUAUCCUGCUCUAAGUACAUUUAUAUCAACUCAUGCUGCAGCAGAUCAACAAGGUGUAGCACAAGGUCUUAUCACUGGAAUACGAGGUUUAUGCAACGGACUUGGACCUGCUCUUUUUGGGUUAUUCUUUUAUAUAUUUCGAGUUGAUCUCAAUGAACAUACAUCAGGUGUACAUAUAAUCAACAAGGAUAAGAGUAACUCCCUAGUAUCUGAUACUGUACAACUUUUACAAGAACGUUUAAUACCAGGACCACCAUUUGCUUUUGGUGCUAUUCUAGUUCUGUUAGCAAUUCUAGUAGCUAUUUUUAUACCGGAAAAGCAGACAUCACCUGAAUUGAGUCAUUCAAAAAUUAUCACUGAUACAUAUGAAUCAACACAUGGUGCCAAUAUUUAUGGCGGUGAAACUCGACUAAGGCGUAGUUCACCAUCAGGUCAAUCUCAUAAAACUACAGCGGAUUUUGAUCAAUUCACAUGUGGAAUGGGUGCACCUAACACUGGUGACAGUGACAAGUCGAAAUUGAUAAUGAGUACUGUUGAAAUGUCUAAGUAUAAUCUAAAAAGUGGCAUUUCACACAGUAAUUCAAUCGAUAACAGUGGUAUUUGGAAUCGUUUAAUGACUGGUCUUACAGAUUUUCGUAAUCCAGUUUAUAUAAAACAACGACCGAAUCGUGUUUAUCGUCAAUCAAAAACUCGUUUUAGUACGGCAGGUAUUGUAGAACCAUUUCGUCGAUUAUUUAUUCGAAAAACUUAUGAUGGAAAUAUUGGUAGUUGUGGUGUUAGCGGUAGUGGUGGUGGUGGUGGUGGAUUUCUUGAUCAUGAAGCACGUCUUCAUUAUUCCAGACUGCCCUUUACUGUUAUCUCAUCAUCAGAUAAUAGUAGUCCAAAAUAUUUAGACGAUAUAUCAAAGAAUGAUUUACUAUUUUCUAAUCCUUUAUUAUUAAAUCCUGGUGAAUCCGAGGAAGCAGCUGAUCUCAGUAAUUAUCGUGCACAUCAUUUCCGACGUAUGUUUAUUGCUCCUAAUACAGCAACUACUACUCCUUUUAUUAAUAAUAAUAAUGAUAAUAAAAGUGCUAUUACUACUUCUUCAUCUGAAUUUCAUCCAUCACAAAACUAUAAUCCUACUAGCUCAUUGUUAAUCACUUCUAAUGAAACUGGUCAAUUAAAUCCAUUGGGAGAGAAUGAAGAAGAUACAUUUAUUAAACAUUGCAAUUCGUCCAUAUCACCUAUAAUUAGUCCUACAGGUAGGAAAAUAAUGAAACAAAAGUUUUUUACAACAAAUUUUUAUAAAGAAUCAAUUCAUGAUACAUGAUGGUGAUGAUGAUGAUAAUGUCCGCUUUACCUUCUAUUUGAUCUAUUGUAGAUAAUUAUCAUUAAUUCGAUCUGGCACAGAAAAUGACCUUAAUAUAACACCGUUCAUAAAUCAACAGGUUGUGUCCAUUUGAGAAAUAUUAAAAAUUCCCGUCUGAUACAUUGGAUCGCUGUAUAAUACAUGUACUACUACCUCAACAAUUACUGAACUAGUAUACUUAAAACUUACUUCUAUCACAUGUUUGUUCUGUACAUCUAAUGUUACUAUUUAUAUCACAUUGAUCAUGCCCCUGUAAACUGACGUGAAUUCUGUAAUUAUUAUUUUCAGAAUGUAUAAAUGAUUAUUCAAUGAGUUACUAAGUCCAGAUACUCACUGAUUCUCAUUCACAUCAUGUCUGGAUACUCAGGACUGAAUUUUUGAUGAAUCUUUAAUUCAUAAUUAAUGAAAUGAAAGUAAUAAUAGUUUAUUUCCAUGAUUAUUAAUUCUGUUUAUCAUUUUUUUUUAUCUUCCUUUUUUUGUUUGUUUUUAUUUUGUAAAUCCACAGACUAAUCCAGUUGGUUACAGUAUUCAUUUUCAUUUCACUUGAUGUAAAAUUACAAAGUGAGUGCCUACUGUUCAUCAUUUUUUUUAAAAAUUUAGAUUGAAAAAAGAAAUCCAGAGAAAUAUACUCUGUAUCUAUAUGUCUCUAUUUUUUCAUGGCUGUCUCCGUCACACUCAUUCCCCCCCACAUAUAUAUGUAAUCACUUGGUGCCAAUAUAUCAAUGCAUGUAUGUAUGAACACUGUGAUUAGAAUAUUCAUGCCAACACAUACACAAUGCAUACAUACACAUACAUAUACACUGAUACACACACAAAGGAUAAACCAGUUCAAGUUUCAAUUUUAGUUACAUGUAUUUGUUAUUGAAUUUUAUGUGCUACUUUACUUUUUCAUUUUAUUUUAUAUCAUUUAAUACAUUUGUACAGUGUAGUAUUAAAGUUUAUACUCAUUGUGUAUAUGUAAAAUAGUGUGUAUCUAUCUAUGUGUGUAGGUCUUGUAUACUUGCAUACUCUACUCGAUACAUGUAUGGUAUAUAUUUUGAUUGAGAACAAUUGUAACCAUCAUAAAAUAAGAUUUUGUUUUUAAUAAUUUUAUAAGUAGUAUAUAUCAUUGUUUAUAUAAUACUAUCUAAUUGUAAUUCACUUUUUUCUCUCUCUCAUUUGAUAAAUCAAAAAUGUACACCUUUUUUUUGUUUGUUUGAUCUUAUGAUAAUGUUUGGAUUUUGUUCUAAUUUGUAUAAAGAACCAAUGAAUAAUUUGUUCAAUGUACAAUAUUUCCUUGAU